AUGGAAUCAACCGGGAAGUGCAUUACAGUGGCUGAUUUGUAUGUUGUACCAACAUGGCGACAGCCAACGGCAGCUGACCCACUCUCAAGUUUACCUGGUUUUCCGAGACAGCCAUAUGGAAAUGACUGUGGUAUCUUCAUGUUGAUGUAUGCCCUUUACUCUGUUCUGGAUGCCCCUUAUGAUUUCACAAUGGACAAAGUGGGGGCCAGGAUGGUUCAUCAGUGCAAAAAGGCAGCAGAGUGGGUUGAAACUAACUGA